AUGGGCAUGGGUGCAGGCGCUGAGGCCGUCUCCGGCAGGCGUGCUGAGCUCGCCGGUAACCACGUCGGAUGGCGUGGACUUAUGAGCAGCAAGAAGACCUUUGCGAUUGCGCUUUUCGCGUCGCUAGGUGGCUUCGUCUACGGAUACAACCAGGGAAUGUUCUCGGAGAUUCUUACCAUGUCGUCCUUCAUUAAAGCUACCGACGGAUAUGCAGCGCGGACCGGUCUCAAGCAGGGUAUGCUUACGUCGAUUUUGGAGUUGGGUGCUUGGGUUGGUACACUCUUGAACGGUUAUCUCGCCGAUGCUCUUGGCCGUCGACAAACGGUUGUUGUAGCGGUGUUCAUCUUCGCCAUUGGUGUGAUCGUCCAAGCCUGUACCAAAAACGCCGGCUACAUUUUCGCCGGUCGGUUUGUGACUGGUCUGGGAGUUGGUAAUUUGAGUAUGAUUGUGCCUCUGUACAAUGCCGAGUUGGCCCCUCCUGAAAUUCGUGGCUCCUUGGUCGCUGUGCAGCAGUUGUCCAUUACCUUCGGUAUCAUGGUCAGCUUUUGGAUCGGUUACGGUACCAACUACAUUGGAGGUACGGGUGCUGGCCAGUCCAAAGCGGCAUGGGAGAUUCCUGUGUGCAUCCAGAUUAUCCCCGCACUAAUCCUGGCAAUUGGAAUGGUUUUCUUCAUGCCCCAAUCUCCGCGUCACCUUAUGAAUCAAGGCCGAGACGAGGAGUGCCUGCAGACUCUUGCCCGCCUGCGCAAUGCAUCGACCGACGACAUUCUGGUCCGCAUUGAAUAUCUGGAGAUCAAAUCACUCCGGAUGUUUGAGGACGAAACAGCGAAGAAGAAGUACCCCCAGUACCAGGAUGGUUCAUUCAAGAGCCGCUUCAUGAUGGGCCUGUACGACUACGCGUCGCUAGUGACCAACAAGUCACUGUUCAAGCGGACCACUGUUGCGUGCCUGGUCAUGACAUUCCAGCAAUGGAAUGGAAUCAACGCGAUCAACUACUACGCGCCACAGAUUUUCGAAGGUCUGGAUCUUGGCGGCAACACUACCUCGCUGCUGGCGACCGGUGUUGCUGGUAUAUUCGAGUUUGUGUUUACCAUUCCUGCUGUUCUCUGGGUCGACAACAUUGGUCGUAAGAAGAUUCUGAUUGCCGGAGCUAUUGGCAUGGCGGUCUGCCAUUUUAUUUGUGCCGGUCUCAUUGGCUCGUACCAGGGGACGUUUGGGGAACACAAGAGCGCUGGAUGGGCGACGGUGGCCUUUGUAUGGAUUUUCAUCAUCAACUUUGCCUACUCCUGGGGUCCGUGCGCUUGGAUUGUGGUGUCGGAGGUCUUCCCGCUGAGCAUGCGUGCCAAAGGUGUCAGUAUCGGUGGUAGCAGCAACUGGCUGAACAACUUUGGCGUUGGUCUGGCCACGUCCCCCUUCAUCGCGGCAUCUGCUUACGGCACCUUCAUCUUCUUCGGCUGUGUCACAGUAGUCGGCGUACUUUACGUGUGGUUCUUUGUGCCCGAGACCAAGGGACGUACGCUGGAGGAGAUGGACGAGCUGUUCGGCUCUGAGGGCAUGGCAGCCGAGGACGAGGCGCUGCGGCAACGGAUCGACCGCGAGAUCGGGCUGACAGCUCUCCUCCACGGGGAGAUCAUCGAAACUACCGAUAAAGUUCCCGAAAAGGCGGUCCAUGAGGACAAUGUGGUUGUGAAUCCUCCCUCGGCAUAA